GGCGUUGGGUCGGUAGCGGGCAGCAGCACCGGGCCCGAUCGCUGGCGCCGCCACGGACAGGCUGGUUGGCCGCCGGCAAGCGCGCGGUCGGCUGGUCCCGGGCCUCGCGGAGCAAGUGGGCCCGCGGGCAGGCCGCCGGAGACGGCGGCGGCGGCGGCGAUGGCGACCGGAAACGGAAGGGGAUAGCCCUCUUCCGGAGGCUCUUCUACCGCAAGCCUCCGGAUCGGCUCCUCGAGAUCGCCGACCGCGUCUAUGUAUUCGACUGUUGCUUCUCGACAGAAACCAUGGAUCCAUACAAAUACAAGAAUUACCUGGACAGCAUUAUUUUGCAGCUCCGUGAACAGUUUGCAGAUUCUUCAUUGAUGGUACUCAACUUCAGAGAUGAAGGAAAGGGUCUGGUUUCAGGCAUUUUCUCCACGUAUGGUAUUACAGUCAAAGACUACCCUUGCCAGUACCAAGGAUGCCCAUUACUUCCUUUGGAAAUCAUUCUCCACUUUCUAAGACUGAGCGAGAGGUGGCUUAUGGUUGAAGGCCAGCAAAAUAUUCUGCUAAUGCACUGUGAGAAAGGUGCAUGGCCGGUGUUGGCUUUUAUGCUUGCAGGUCUUCUUCUGUAUAGGAAACAAUAUAACGGGGAGCAACGAACUCUAGAUAUGGUGUACAAGCAAGCACCAAAGGAGCUUCUUCAGAUGUUAACCAUAUUGAAUCCACAACCAUCUCAUCUUCGGUAUCUUGGGUACAUAUGCAAAAUGGAUGAUGAGUUGGGUUGGCCCACACAGCCUAUUCCUUUCACCCUGGAUUGUGUAAUCCUUAGAAAAGUUCCAAACUUUGAUGGAGUAGGUGGUUGUCGGCCUAUAGUUCGAGUACAUGGGCAGGAUAUUCUAACAAUUGACAGAAGUCACAGAAGCGUUGCACCAGCAUCAAAGGCUAAGAAGCAUGUUAGGCGUUACAGACAGGCAGACAAUGUGCCAGUGAAGUUAAAUGUUGGGUCUUACGUCCAAGGUGAUGUUGUCCUUGAAUGCCUGCACGUGUCUGAUGGCCCAGAAGAUGAAAAGUUAAUGUUCAGAGUGAUGUUCAAUACCUUUUUUAUCCAAUCUCACAUUUUACUAUUGAACUUUGAAGACAUCGAUAUCCCAUGGGAUGCCGACCACAAGUUCACAAAGAACUUCAAAGCAGAGGUACUCUUUUCAGAGUUUGAUGCUGAGUCUGAUGCGUCCACGGAAGUAGCACAUGAUGAUGACGAUAUCGAUGUUGCCUCUGCUGAUGAGUUCUUUGAAGCGGAAGAAAUCUUCAGUAAUGCUGACUCCCAAGAAGGACAUAAGGAUGCCGAUACUCUUUCUACAACCUCUACAGACUUUGGUCCAACUCCAAGAGCCGAACCUCGGAAAAACUCACCAUUUACCAAUUUUGAGCUAGAUAUUGGCAUCAAUGGAUCGGGAGACAAUAAAAUUGAUGAAUUGGGUCUGUUGUUAGAAACAACAAAUGAUGAAAAGACAUGCACACCCAAUGAAGCCAAUACGAUGCACAUCAACAAAGCUGAAGUAGUGAUGUCAAGUUUGGCAGCUACAAUAGAUGAAGACAGAGAUUUUUCUUCCAACAAAGAACAUGGAUGUAUGUUAGAGAACUGCAGUUCCAAGCGUGACAAAAGUAUGGGUUCCAAUCAAGACUCGAGUCAGAUUGAUAAUGUCUUAGUAAAGGAGGUGAUUAUAUCAGAAACUAAUAGUCCUAAGGACAUACAGAUGAUCAAAGAGGUCAUCAUAUCUGAAGUUACAACUCCCAAACUGGUGUUAGAAGGGAAUACGAUGGACUCUGAAUUAGGUGAGACAGUCCACAAUCUAGAAAGUACUACAUUGGAAGAAGCUGAGGAUAAGCAAAGACUUGAUACUUUUCCCAAGGAUGAGGGAGACAGUGGGGGAAAUGAAUAUGUUGCUUAUGACAAUGGCCUAGUGAUUGAACAUGAAGAGAGCAGCAAUGAACAAAAACUUCAUAUCAGAGAUGCAAAUGUACAAGUGAUUGGGCCCACAGAUGAAAAUAACAGGGUGGCACUUCCACUAUCAGGGGAAUCACAUCUGCAGAGCUCAAGUACUUCUUCAGAAUCAAGUUCUGUCAAGAAACAAAUCAAACGGCUUCGUGCUUGCGGCAGUAAUGGCACUGUAGAACAAACAGAUGGAAUUGAUGCAUCAUUUUCUAGCUCCCAGAGCCAAUCUUCUAAUAUUUCUUCUGCGAACAUGAACAUUCCACCAGAAGGAUCUAUCAUUGCCGUAACCCACCUUCCAACUUCUGUCAAUGCAAAGAAAAAACAUUUUGUUCCUUUGUCUACAAGUAGUCUUUUUGCUCAAUCGUCUCCCAGGCGCAGUCUCCUUCGUGCAGCAUCCACAGAUUUGUCCUUUUUAUCUCCAUUACAAAGAGAAUCUAAGCAGAACUCUGUUGCUUCUACAAGUGGAAGGGAUGAUUCUGCUUCAUCUUCUGUGCCUCCACCAUCUUCACUCUAUACACCCUUGGGAUCAUCAUCCAAAAUAUCUCUGGUACAUCCCCUUCUCCGACCAAUAAGAACUGUUUCAUCUCUACCUUCAUCAACAUUUGAAGCUUACAUAGAGAUGUCAAUGUCAUCUUCAAUAUCGCCCAAACACCAAGAGCAUGUUAAACCACAUCCUCCCGCAGUACGACCACCUCGACCACUAAAUUUUCCUUCUUCCAACAAAUAUGAUCCUCAGUCCCCACGCCCGCCUCCACUGCCACCUCCACAUGAUCCUUGCACCCAAAGUGAUUCAAGCACUCUAAUAUCUGAACAUGGACAAACAAGUUCCUCUAGUCAUGAUUGUACACAAACUGUUCAUGACUUGGGUGAUUCCUCAUUAACUUCACCUUCAAAAAGUAGUAUAGAUACAACAGAAUGCCUCUUAGGAGCCUCUAAUUUGGUAGAUGGUGAAGUAGCAAGUAGACCUGAUACACUAACUGUCAUGGAUGUCCCAACUACUAGUGAAGAUGCAAAAUCUUUGUUGCAUUUGGAGCCCUGCAAUGUGGAGAUAUCACAAAGUGAAACAAUCAAUGGAGUCUUGCCUGCUAUAGCUGAUGAUAAAGAACAUGGAGGCAUUCCAAUUCAACCAUCACCACAAAAAUUGUCUGAGCCUAUACUUUUGUCUCCUCCACCGCUGCCGCCACCACCACCAUCAUGUCAUGCAACAAUUGUAACAUCUCCAUGUUUAUCUUUCACUCCACUUUCUCCAAGAAAACAUUAUGAAAAUACACCUUCCCCACCCCCUCCUCCACCUUUUUCUAGAGAAUCUUUUGUAGCUCCACCUCCACCUCCACUCCCUAAUCGUCCAUCUCCUCGUAGAAAACAUAUUACUCCGCCUCCAUCACCUCCUCCUCCACAAUCACCUACAAGGCAUAUUAUACCUCCACCUCCACCACCACCUUUACGUUAUAUUGCACCUCCAUCUCCGUGUUCAUACCAACCUCAUUUUCAGAAAGAUGUAGCAAUCCCACCUUCUCCUCUCUUAGAGGACCAUGUAGUAGUUUCAUCUCCACCUUUAACAAAGAUUGAUAAAAUUCCGCCGCCGCCGCCACCACCACCACCACCUAGAGGGAGUGAAAUUUUAUCACCACCUUCUAUUGAGAGUACAAAAUCACCGUGGAAAGCUCCUCUUCUUAAAGUCACUAAACAAAUUCCACCUCCACCUCCUCUCCCUAAAGAACAAAGAGGAUCUCCACUGCCUACUCAUUGUGGAGGAAUUAUGAACAUUCCACCAGCUCUACCUCCUAGAGGACAUAGGGAAGCUCCACUAACAUCUCCCUCGAGAGAAUUAAGGGGCAUUCCACCACCACCACCACCACCACCCCUUACUGGAGGACUAGGAGGAAUUCCAUUGCCAAUUGGAUUUCAAAGUAGAGAUUUGUCAUUGCUCCAACCUAUCAAACGAUUGGAAGGUCCUUCACGAUCGCCACCUCCACCGCCGCCACCACCACCACCAUAUUCCAAUGGAUAUAUAGGGGAUCCACCACCACUAUCACCUUCAAGAGCAUGUGGAGGCGCUCCACCACCGCCACAUCCCGAAGGAUAUGCAGGGGUUCCACCACCCCCGCCACCUCCCGGAGGAUAUGCAGGGGCUCCUUCACCACCCCCUGGAGGAUAUGUAGGGGCUCCACCACCACCACCACUUCCCGGAGCAUAUGUAGGGGCUCCAUCACCACCACCACCACCACUACCACCACCUCCUAGAGGAUAUGGAGGGGCUCCUCCUCCACCGCCACUUCCAGGAGGGUAUGUAGGGGCUCCACCACCGCCGCCACCACCCGGAGGAUACGUUGGGGCUCCACCACCGCCGCCACCUCCUGGAGGAUACGUUGGGGCUCCGCCGCCGCCGCCACCUCCUGGAGGAUAUAUUGGGGCUCCACCACCACCGCCUCUACCUGGAGGCAUUGGAGGAGUUCCACCUCCCCCACCGCCUGUUGGAGGCCUAGGAGGCACUCCACUAUCUCCACCACCUGCUGGAUUUCGAGGUGGAGCUCCCCCUCCUCCUCCUCCUCCUGGAGGUCAUGGAGGGCCUCCACCUCCCCCUCCUAGAGGACAUGGAGGAGUAGGUGGCCCUCCUCCUCCUCCUGGUGCACCUGCCCCUCCAAUGCCUCCUGGAGUGCCUGGUGGGCCCCCUCCACCUCCUGGAGUGCCUGGCGGGCCCCCUCCACCUCCAGGUGGAAGAGGUAUGCCUACUCCACCUGGUGGAAGAGGUCAUGGCCUUGCUCGGGCAUUAGGCUCGACUUUACAAAGUGGAGCACGGAGGUCAUCUCUAAAACCACUACACUGGGUAAAAGUAACAAGGGCAAUGCAAGGAAGUUUGUGGGCAGAGCUACAAAAGCAAGUGGAUGCCAAUAGUCGUGCUGAAUUUGAUGUAAAUGAACUGGAGUCUCUGUUUACCAUUGCUCCAAAGACAAAAGGUGGCUCAAAAUCAGAAGGACGUGGAAAAUCUCUUGGAUCUAAACCAGAUAAAGUUCAACUGAUUGACCUAAGACGGGCCAAUAACACAGAGAUCAUGUUGACAAAAAUUAAAAUGCCGCUCUCUGAUAUGAUGAGUGCUGCUCUAGCUUUGGAUGAUUCAGUUUUGGAUGCUGAUCAAAUUGAAAAUCUCAUUAAAUUUUGCCCAACAAAAGAGGAGAUGGAGCUUCUAAAGAACUACAGCGGGGACAAGGAAGCUCUUGGAAAGUGUGAGCAUUUCUUUCUAGAGUUAAUGAAGGUGCCAAGGGUUGAAUCUAAGCUUAGGAUAUUUGCUUUCAAGAUUCAGUUUCAGUCACAGAUUAGGGAUGUUAGGAAGAAUUUGCAGACUGUGUCAUCCGCUUGUGAGGAGCUCAGAAGCUCUGAGAAGUUGAAGGUCAUCAUGAAGAAUAUUCUGUUAAUUGGGAAUACAUUGAAUCAAGGCACUCCAAGAGGUCAGGCUGUAGGUUUUCGCUUGGACAGCCUCUUAAAACUUAUAGAGACUCGUGCCACUAAUGGUAGAAUGACAUUAAUGCACUUUCUAUGUAAGUCCCUUGCAGAGAAGUCACCAGAAGUAAUGGAUUUUCAUGAAGAUCUUGUUAGCUUGGAAGCUUCUUCAAAGUUGCAAUUGAAAGCAUUGGCGGAAGAGCAGCAGGCAGUCGUAAAAGGGCUGGAGAAAGUUGAACUGGAACUAACUGCUUCAGAAAGUGAUGGGCCGGUUUCUGAUGUUUUCCGUAAGACUUUAAAGGAGUUCAUUGAUUAUUCUAGUGCUGAUGUGCGCUCCCUAUCAGCAUUUUAUUCUGAAGUAGGUAAAAGUGCAGAUGCGCUUGCCCUUUAUUUUGGAGAAGACCCUGCAAAAUUUCCUUUUGAGCAAGUUGCUACAACUCUUCUGACCUUUGUGGGAUUGUUUCGGAAAGCUCAUGAUGAGAACCUCAAGCAGAUUGAGGCUGAGAAGAAGAAAGCCCAGAAAGAGGCUGAAAAAGAAGCAAACCAGGACAAAACUCCUGUAAAAUCAAAAAAUGGGAAUGGGGACAAAUCACCAAGAUCACCAUCAGCGUUCAAAUAGUAUGCACCAAAAGUUUUAUGGUCACCUUCUCUUCCUUGGGAAAUGCCACCUCCGCAGGUGUGCACAGUUUUUCUCAGAAGCAUUCGUGGUUACCCAAAUGCAUGAAUUUCUUGUGGACAACUUAUGGUUACAAGACAAGAUACUUUUUCGGUUGAAGAUCCAUGCUUGAUCUCAUGACACCGUACAAAGCUAGCCCACACCAAAUUAGGUUCUUCUGUACAGAUUUCAUACUAGAUUUUUUUUUCAUUCUGUUUAUACUAGCAGCAGGAGUAGGUCAGUGCUUGUAAAUUAGGAAAUAGGAGCACAAGUAGUGAUCAGGUCAGAAGCAAUAGAAAAGGAUUAGUGUUACCACAGGCAGAUUCCUAACCAGCUAACGAUGAGUGUAUAGCCAUGUUCUUCACUUCUUGUCAGAUUAUAGAGCAAAGUGUAUGUGGAUGCGCCCCCCCCCCCCCCCCCCCCCAAGGCCUCCACUCCCCGUCUUAAUGGUCUGGACUCUGGAGAUGGACUAAAACCAGGAGAAUUGCAAGCUUCACUGUUUCCCCUUGUGACUUUAGUUACAGGAAAAACUAAAAAAGGGUGGCCCUGCUGCUGGUUUGCCUUUGCAUUAUCCUCUUGUACCAUCUUCUCUUCCCCCUAUACUCGCAGUUGUGGUGUUUACAGCAUUGUAAUAUCUGUUGUAAAAAUAGAGAACAGCCACUAUGGCUUGUGUGGUCCACCGGACCGGAGGGCAGGAGCAUGUCUCUGUAUAUUCUGUACUGUGAUAGAUAACUCUCAAGAGAUGCUGGUAGUACAAACUUUGGUCAUAAGCUUUUGGAGCUGUCAGUGUCUAUAGGAGGAACAGAAUACGAAAUUCCCAAGUCCCAUAUUGUGUCCCUCGUAAGCGCUGAAUAAAGCAAAAUUCCGUGCUUUCAGUAGAAGGUACUUA